CUUCUCGACUGAGCCAUGGCUAGGACAUGGCUGCUGCUGCUCCUGGCCCUCAAGGGUCAGGGCCUGCCCACAGGCAAAGCCGGCAUCCCCUUUCCUUCUCUGGCUCCACCCAUCACGGUGCUGCUGGAUGGGAGGCAGCAGGUGCUCGUGGUUUGCCUGGUCCUGGAUGCUUCGCCCCCCGGCCUCGACAGCCCCGUCUGGUUCUCAGCCGGCAACGGCAGUGCCCUGGAGGCCUUCAGCUACGGGCCCUCCCCAGCACCGGAUGGCACCUGGACUAGCCUGGCGCAGCUUUCCCUGCCUUCCGAAGAGCUGCAAACCUGGGAGCCCUUGGUCUGCCACACCAGGCCCGGGGCUGGAGGCCAGAGCAGGAGCACAGCCCCCCUCCAGCUGACAGGGGAAGCACCCACAUCCAGGACCUGCUUUCAGGAACCUCUCUGGGGGACACCGGGUCAGGAACUGCGGCUGAGCGCACUGCGCCUGCUUCUCUUCAAACUGCUUCUGCUGGAUGUGCUCUUGACCUGCGGACCCCUCUGUGUGCUGGCGGGCCAGCACCUGAGGCCACCACCCCCGUGCAAGCCCCUGCCUCCCGCCCACCGGAUUUGGGCGUAA